AUGUCAUUAGGAAAUCAGGCAUUUGUUACUUCUCUAGAAUAUAUAACACAACAAUAAUAGUUAACAAAAUAGAUGUUAAAAUCAGAAGUGGUAUCUAAAACCCCAGAAAUCCUUGAUAAAUGUGAUCAAUUCAAUACACAUAACAUUCCAAGAGUAUAUCAUAUAAAGAUAGCUAUUAGAUUAAUUGUUUCAAUCAUUAAGGUUAUACCUAUACAAACUUUUGUUAACUUGAAUCUUGCUGUUUUCCAUUAUGUCCAGAAUGCCUACCAGAUCAUGUUCAGGAACAUUUCGAAUCUCAGUCUAAACCAAAAUUAGAUAGUUUAGAAAAUGUAUUAAAUAAAGUAUUAAUAACAGUACAUAAUGAAGGUAAAAUAAAAUAAUAUAAAUAAGCAAAUAAAUUAGCAACUCACUUUUUGAAUAUUCAAAAUUCAGUUAAAAUGGCUGAUCAAAUGAAUUAUUAAUGCAUACGAUUGUUAAAUGAGAAAAAAGAAAGGAUUAUUAAUAUUAUUGAUUAAUAUUUCAAUUCAUUGCUUAAUGAAGUCAAAGGAAAACAUUAAAAAAAUAUUGACAAUUAUUAAAGAGAUGCUACAUUUUUUGAAUAAGUAAUUCGAGAUAGAUGGAAAUCCCAUAUUGAAUUAUAUGAAAAUUUAAAGAAUUAGGAUUGCAUGAGACCACUUAUAAAAUUUUUGAAAUCAUAAACUCUAUAAGAAAAUGAAUAAUAUUUUGUUUAAGCAUCAGAAUUUACAUAACGUUAUGCUCACUAUUAAACAAAAAUUAAUUUUGAUUCUGAAAAAUCGUACAAAGUUUAUAAUUUAAAAUAGUGCUUAAUUAGGGGGAUUUAUCUCUGAGUUUCUUAAAGUAAUUAAUUAUGAUUUACCAGAAUAUUUAAAUAUUCAUAAAUUGGCACCUCCAGAAAUAGGUACAUAGAAACAAAAUAUGGGAUCAGUCAAUAAUAGUAAAGCAUCAAUAAGAUAAUCUGAGCAGAAAAUUUAAUAAAGUUAAAUAAAAAGUGGAGAAGAAAUUUCAAAGUAAGCAUAAUUAAUGAAUUUAUCAUCUAAUCCAAAUAAUUCUAUCUAAUAAAGUUAACAACUAUUAGGAUCUCAAAGAUAGAUGAGAAAUAUUUAUGGAGAAUAUCAAAGUUAAAAUAAUUUUGGAUCUAGAAAAUAUUGA